CGUAAGUUUUCGGCACUUUCCGGGGAAGCUCGGGGACUCCGAGCCUGCCUGGCUCUGUUCGAUCACUCGGUGUGGUGCAGGGUCUCUGGCUAGUCAUGGCGUCCCCAUCUCGGAGACUGCAGACUAAACCAGUCAUUACUUGUUUCAAGAGCGUUCUUUUGAUCUACACGUUCAUCUUCUGGAUCACUGGUGUUAUCCUCCUUGCUGUUGGCAUUUGGGGCAAAGUGAGCCUGGAAAAUUAUUUUUCCCUCUUAAAUGAGAAGGCCACCAAUGUCCCUUUUGUGCUCAUUGGCACAGGCACUGUCAUUAUUCUUUUGGGUACCUUUGGUUGUUUUGCUACCUGUCGAGCUUCUGCAUGGAUGCUAAAACUGUAUGCAAUGUUUUUGACACUCAUUUUUUUGGUCGAACUAGUUGCUGCCAUUGUAGGAUUUGUUUUCAGACACGAGAUUAAGAACAGCUUUAAAAGUAAUUAUGAAAAUGCUUUGAAGCAGUACAACGCUACUGGAGAUUAUAGAAGUGAAGCAGUAGACAAGAUUCAAAGUACAUUGCAUUGUUGUGGAGUCACCAACUAUAGAGAUUGGAAAGAUACAAAUUAUUACUCAGAAACAGGAUUUCCAAGGAGUUGCUGUAAACUUGAUGGUUGUUCUCCACAGAGAGACGCAGAUAAAGUAAACAAUGAAGGUUGCUUUAUAAAGGUGAUGACAGUCAUAGAGUCAGAAAUGGGAGUCGUUGCCGGAAUUUCCUUUGGAGUGGCUUGCUUUCAGCUAAUUGGAAUCUUUCUUGCCUACUGCCUCUCUCGUGCCAUAACAAAUAACCAAUAUGAGAUAGUGUAACCAGUACAAGGGUUUAUUCCUCUCUAACUUUAAGUUUCCUCCACCCUAUGAAUAAUAACAUUGCCUGGAUGGAGACAGAUGACAGACAUAGUUAUCAGUAGACUAAGAAACUGCACCAAUAGACUGAUGCAAUCAAGAUAUUUGUGCAUUGUGUUCUGAAUCCACCUUCUGUCCUAUACAUGCAACCUGGUAUCUCUCUGACACACUGGAAGAGCUAGUAAAUUAUAAUGAAAUAAUAACUGUGUUUUGCUUGAAUUUUUAUUUUUCUCUAUGUGGAGCCUUUGAAAAGUGCUGUGAAUUUCCAAUUUUGAUACAAUGUUACUGAUGGAAAUUUAAUUGCUCUGAACUUACUAUUGAUGUUGUGUGAUAGAAAAUAGGUCUCUUUGAAUGGACCUCUUACCAACCAAGAUGAUCUGGUUUGAUUGUAUAAUCUGCACCAAGAAGGAAAAAAAUGUUCAUUUGUGUCUGUUUUUCUGACAGCCAUAUUGUAUAAUUCAAUUCCAGCUAGUCAUUAGAGAGAACCUGUCUAUCAUUGGAGUUCCUGGGUGGUGGUAAAGUUUCAGACUUUGGUUGUAAAGCACUGAGACUAAUAGCCUUUGCACAUAUCUGUGACAUAUCACAUUUCAGCAUGCAAUUUAUAUUUCUGUCUCCAAACUAAGGUGAUUAUACUGAUGUUUAUACUUGCCCUGUUGUUUGAAAGGUUUUUUUUUUUUUUUACUUUAAUGGUGUUACAAUUAUUAUGUUUUCCUUAAGAAUUUAAUAGAGCUUACCUUGAUUAACUUUAGCUAGAAUUUUCUUACCAAGUUGAUAUGACUUAAUUGUCAAUACUAUGGUCAAUUUUAGUAGUCUUAGUUUUGGUUUGUGUCAUUGUAUAAUAAAUAAAAAUCUCCUGCACAAUAAAUGUUGUUUGCCUCUAAA